UAAAUAUAACGGCUAUAGAACAGUAGAGAAAAUGUAAAUGGUUUUGUGUAUUAAGUGAAAUCGCGUGCUGGGAUCGAAAAAGUACUAGCAUGGAAAUCUCAGUUUCGGCCCCAAAGAUGUCCGCACGUGCUAAGGUAUUAACACUAUACCGACAACUCUUGCGGGAGUCGGCUAAAUGGCCAAAUUACAGCUACCGAAGCUAUGCACAGCGAAAAAUUCGAGAUAGUUUUCGAGCUAAUCGCUCGCUUGCACCAGGCCCACAGUUGGAGCAGGAGGCGGUUCAGCAAGCACAGGAGAGCUUAGCCAUCGUUCAGAGACAGGUGAUCAUCGGUCUAUUGUAUAAGGACAAUCCAGUAAUUAUCGACCCCCGCGCAACAUGCGAAAGCUCAAGAUGAGGAACAGAGAAAGCUUAUAGGCUCUAAAUAUAUGCUAUAGUUCGUCCUGGUUAUUGUAAUAUAAAUAAAGCGAAACGUUCUAUUUGUUAAAUAAUUCUA